UGCAGCUUUCAAUGAUUAAAUCAACCACAGACUAGCUGUUCCACAACGUCAUAACUCAUUACAGCAGAACACACAUCAUUAAACUGUUCGCAGCUAAUCAGCAAUAAAAAUCCAAACUUUAUUGUUCUUCUCUGCGGAGAAAUACCAAACCGCUCACAAAGAAAGGAUUCUCUUAAAGAUUCGGACUUUGAAGCUACAAAAAAAACAUCACAAAGCAGAGAUUUUUUCCCACUUUCUGUGACGAACCUGCGCAAUGACGGCGGCAAACGACAUGCCGAGAGGAAGAGCAACGGCGUCCAAGCUCUCCCCACGAUUGCCAUCCCCGCGACUCCGCCGUAACGGAGCAACCACCAACUCCCGGCGACGGGGUACGCCGGCGGGCCCUGAAUUUCUCUGGGCGGAGCUGAAAGAGGAGGAAGAUGAAGUUGCAGAGGACGAGGAUGAAGCUUCGUCUACCGAGAACAAUUUAUUCUUCUUCUUCUUCUUCAUCCUCGUCUUAUUGUUUUUUAUUCUGAUUGGAUUGUCGUUCUCGAGUUGUUGCGGAGGAGUUGGGAUCAUCGGGGAAGAAUCGGCGGCCGGAAGAAGGGUGCUCAUCACUAAUCCUACUGCUGAUUAGUCGACUUUUACCGAACGUCCACUGGGUGACACGUGUCCAAUUAAUUGAGAAGUAAAACCACAAACGGGGAGAAGUUCACCUUCCUUCUUUUUAGGUCUCGUUUUUGCCUCCAUCGAAUUCGCUCUUUAGGAGGAUUGGAGUGGAGAUAGCGAAUUGGGUGUCGUUGUCGUAAGCUCAAACCCUAAAUCCAUUUGCUGCCCUGACGUUCCUUCUAUCACAUCACCAUUUUUCUCACCACCGGAUCCGAUCUAAGAAGGUAAGAUAUCGAACACUUCGCUCCUCCUUUUCCCUCGCUCUGUGUGCUCUUCCGUUCGUCGCUUUAGUUCCUUAGACUCUGUUGGAUUAUGGGUGCUUGUAUUCGUACGCCCUAAAGCACCGAUCUAAGAAGGCUUGCACGAGCCGUGCGCUCCUGUCGCUGAACUGUGAGCUCAAAGCUUGUGCAAAAUCAAUAAAUCUAUAUAACUAGUCAGUCUAGAAUCCCCUUGAGCCAAAAUCGAACUUUCUGCUCGAGUGUAGGGUUGCGUUUGUUACUCAUGGAUUGAUGAACGAUCUUUCGCUUGAUUGCCCGAUUAAUGGCCGUCCCCCUCAUAAGUUAGCUCCUUAUCAGUUUUUACUUAUUUGAUACUGUCUGUGAGAAUAGCCAAUUUGCAGAGCAAUAGCGAGUACAUAGAUUUCAAGGACUCAUGUGUAUUUUACAGGUGGAAUUGUAGUGUAAUUUCUGAAGAUAUUGUUGGGUUGCAAGAAUUGUGAUUUGGGUCGCACGUAAUUGGAUGAAUUGCUAUUGUGAGAUUACAUGUGGAUGAAUUGCAUGAUCUUAUUACUAGAAUGAAUAAUGUAAAAAAAAGAUGUGUUCUAGAAAUGGGAUGCAUACGUGCUUUUGAAGCGAUUCUUCGGCAGUGAGUUUGUGUGGUAGCUAGCUAGAUUGCCAAUUUGCAGAGCAAGGGUGUCGGAAGUUGGCGCAACUUGCAUUGAAGGGGUGACAAUAACGGUUUAGCAAUUCU